GGCUGCAGCCAAAACUGUGUGGAAGAUCAGCCAGGGGCAUCUGGAAUGUCCGAUCUGUUGCUGUCUUUUCAAGGAUCCCAAGAUGCUAGACUGUCUUCACAGCUUCUGCCUGAAGUGUCUGGAAGAGAUGAUGAGCAAACAGAAGCCAGAGGCAGAGAAGAUAACAUGUCCAGUCUGCAGGAGAGAGACCCAAGUUCCUGAUGGAGGAUUGCAGAGUCUAGCUUCGUCUUUCUUUCUUAGUUCUCUUGUCGAUGAGGUCAAACAACAGGAGGCGGUAUUAGGAGAAGCAUAUAUGCCUACCACCACAUGUGACUGUGGAGAAGGCAAGGAGGCCACUUGGAGGUGUCUUGAUUGUAGUGAUAACCUCUGCCAGGAAUGCCGGAAAGCCCAUGGGAGGGUCAAGUCCACCAGAGACCAUCAAAUUAUUUCAUUGGGAGACUGGCAGGAAUCAAAGAUGCCACCAGCAGAACAUAGCAAACCCAUCACCCGAAUGUGUACGAUCCACACUGACCAUCCUCUGUGUUUCUACUGUGACACCUGCAACACCUUAAUCUGCUCGAUGUGUGCCACAUUAGAUCAUCGGUCGGCAGAGCACAAUUUGCUAAAGAUUAAUGACCUGAUCAGGUCCUUCCGCAGUGAGGUCGAAAACAUACUGCAGAAGUUCGAGAAGAGCAGGUAG